AUGGAGCCAAAUGGGGUUCCUAUUGCUGCGCCGUCUGCAGGUGACUUGAUUCUCCAGCAGAGGACCGAGGCCCUACAGUCGGCGCAAAAAGGCGACGGAAGUCUCUUCUCGCAAUUAACGAGCAAUCCCUUGUUCACAGCGGGUUUUGGCCUUGCAGGCUUAGGAGCAGGGUUGACCUUCGCACAGAAAGGUGUUCGACAUGGGGCGGCUCUUCUGCGGCGACGGAUGCUGGUAGAUGUCGAGAUCAGCAUCAAAGAUGACUCCUAUCCGUGGUUCUUACACUGGAUGACACUUUACCAACAAUCCCAACUCAACGCAGGCAAAGCUGCAGCCAAUUCCUCGGGCUAUAUGGACCGGUUCCUCCAAAAACUCACACCUGGCAUGCGCCAUCUUUCUAUUCAAACGCAAAAGGUCGAACAUUCGAACGGAGCAAUUCACACACACUUCUCCCUGGUUCCAGGACCUGGAAAACACGUUUUGCGGUACAAAAAUGCGUUUGUGUUUGUCAAUCGCAUGCGCGAGUCGAAGUCCCGCGAUAUUCAAACUGGAAAGCCAUGGGAGACUAUCACCCUCACCACCCUCUACUCUCAACGCCAUAUCUUCGAGGAUCUCUUCACCGAAGCCCAUGCAUAUGCCGCAAAGGGACACGAAGGAAAGACGACGAUCUAUAAUAGCUGGGGAACUGAGUGGCGGCCAUUUGGAAAUCCGCGCCGGAAGCGUCCGUUAGAAUCAGUUGUUCUCCAUGAGGGAGUCAAGGAACGUGUAGUGGCAGAUGUACAAGACUUCAUUUCGAGUUCAUCAUGGUAUCAUGAUCGUGGAAUUCCCUAUCGCCGAGGAUAUCUUCUGUAUGGUCCUCCGGGUACUGGCAAAAGUUCGUUUAUCCAGGCAUUAGCGGGUGAGUUGGAUUACGAUAUCGCCAUUCUCAACUUGAGUGAGCGAGGCUUGACCGAUGAUCGGUUGAAUCACCUACUCACAAUUGUUCCCAAUCGAACUCUUGUUCUGUUGGAGGAUGUGGAUGCCGCAUUCUCAAACCGACGUGAACAAAGCGAUGCAGAUGGCUACCGUGGGGCCAAUGUGACGUUCUCGGGAUUGCUCAAUGCCCUAGAUGGUGUUGCUAGUGCAGAGGAACGCAUCAUUUUCCUUACCACCAAUCACGUUGAGCGACUUGAUGAGGCGUUGGUCCGUCCCGGACGUGUUGACAUGACUGUCCGUUUAGGAGAAGUGACCCGCUAUCAGGUCAGCUGCCUAUGGGAUCGAUUCUAUGCGGAGAUUGAUACCAACGGGGUUCAUCGCAACCUGUUCUUGGAUCGCCUUCAGGAGCUGGGCUUGAUCGAGGACGAAUCUGGUCACAAAGCCGAUCGCUCUAUGAACACGAGCGCCGCUGCCCUCCAAGGCCUGUUCUUGUACAAUAAGGGUAACAUGGAGGGUGCGAUCGCCAUGGCCGAAAGCCUUAGGUACACAGUGCACACUGAGGCAUUGGGUCAAGAGCACGGGAAGAACGAGUAA